AUGGCAUCUUCUCGCGAGGACUCGCUCAUCACCCUGGCUUCGGCAGGGGAUGUCAACCAAAUGAGAAACCUACUUACAGCCGCACAAGAGUCUCCAUCAGAAGAGACUAUCCAGCGCCUUCUGACGACAGCUGCGAAAAGUUCCCAACUCGACGUCGUCAGCUUCCUACUGGAACAGUACCCCUCUGUUCCCCUGGACGAGGAGAUUGUCCGAGCCGCGGUCAACACGGGCUCAAUCCCCAUCUUCAAGGCCUUGCUCUCCCGGGAUCCCUCGGUCAUCAACAUGCCCUUCGACAUGCGCGGCUCGCCUCUCAUCGUGGCUUGCAUGGGCCAGCAGAAGGUCGAAUACCUCCAGUUCCUACUUGAGACCGGCGCCGACCCGAACCAGGACCCGGACGCAGCCAGCUUCCCGCUCGCUCUCGUGGCAGCGCUAUACUCUGACACUGCCGCAAUCGACCUGCUUCUGAAGCACGGUGCCCGUUUGGAGCGCUCGGGCGCGCUGGCUGCUGCUGCUCGGCGCGGCAAUGAGCCCAUGACCCGCUGUCUCCUGGAGCGCGGCGCCCGUCUCGACGCCGACGCCCCCGCUGUGGGGCCCGGACCGUCGCCGCUCCAUGUCGCCGUCAAGGCCGGCCACGCCGGCGUCGCCAGAAUUCUGCUUCAGCAGGGCGGCGCCGACCCCAAUGCUGCCGACGCCAGUGGAACCACAGCUAUCGAGCUCGCUGAGCAGAUGAGACAACAGGGAAAGGACGUGUCAGAGAUGAUAGAGGUUCUAGGAGGAGUACAGGGACGUUAA